AUGGCUUAUGACGAUGUUACAGUAGAAUUUCGAACACAUGCAGGCCGGGUGCGUUUGCAGCCUUGUGCCGAUGAUGGCUACACAUGGUCAGUAGCAAAAGACAACGAACACCUAUUGAAGACAAGCCUAAGCAACGGAUCAAUUCGUGUUUACGAUGAUAUUCUAAGAGGAUUGGGCCAUUUGAUCGAGGCCGUAACUCCUAGGACCUUGGAGCCCAAUAGGCAGAAGAAAGUCUCCAAUGCAGAAGAAAAGAUCUCGGAUAUGGCAAAUGGUUCUUUCACCGCAACUAUUCAAAGAUUAGAACGAGAGAAUCAAAAGCUUACUGAAAAACUGAAACGCGCUUCUUGCUAUUCAGAAGAGCUCCUGAGCAAAGACCAGGAUUGGAUGAGGAGAACAUGCAAUCUAGAAGAGGAGUUAAAGAAUGGUCAGAGUCUGGUGGUGCAACUGCAAGACGAACUGCAGGAGGCUAGAAAUGGUAUGGCAAAGGCAAUGAAAGUCUUACGGCAGUGUCAAAAGAUACAGAACAAAGGACCACACAUGGCUGGAGAAAGGAAGCGAGGACUUUGA